AUGGAUAUCCCGUCGUUGGAGCCAGCAUCAGUCCACCGGUGGCGGUCAUCUACAUGGUUUAUUGUCACAGCAAUGUCUGUGGCACUCUUCACCGAUACCUUUCUGUCCAGCUUCAUCGUUCCCAUCCUUCCCUAUAUGCUCGAAGACCGGGUCGGCUUAGACCCCUCCCGUACGCAGAGCAUGAGCUCCUGGCUGCUGACUGAGGGUGCCGCGGUCAGUGUGAUUAUCCGGAUGCCAUUGGCACAUUUCGCGGAUAAGUCUGCCUCGAAGCGCAACUGGUUUCUUUGGGCGCUGGUGAUUUGCCUUGGUAGUAACAUUGCGACAGCAUUCGGGUCAUCUUUAUUUGUGCUGUUCGCGGGCCGAUUAGUGCUGGCCAUUGCUAGUAGUAUCAUGUGGGUAGUGGGAUUCGCGACAGUGGCAGAUGUUGUUCCGCUUCAACAUACAGCCAAAACCUAUGCUGUGAUAUCUAUGGCGGUAUCGCUAGGUACCUCAACUGGGCCCAUGCUGUCUGGUAUAUUAUUCCAGCUGGCAGGGUACUGGGUGGCAUGGGCCAGUGCCUUCACGAUCAUCGGCGUUGAUAUAGUUUUUCGUCUGUUGAUGGUGGAGAAGAACCACCUGGAGAGAACCGGUACCACCGGUGACUCUGUUACUGAACCGGACUCUCCUUCUGAGAACUCCCCCCUUCUCUCCACCGAUUCCGAUGGGUCUGAGACCUAUGCGGUACCCAAGACAACGCCGAACUUCUAUAAAUGUAUCUUCAGUAAGCCCAACUUCGUUGGUGGCAUAUACUGCAGUUUCAUAUUUGGUCUCUUAGUGGCCACAUUCAAUGCUACCGUUCCGCUACAUGUUCGUGAAGUGUUCCAAUGGGGCGGUAUGCAGUCUGGUCUUAUGUUUGGUGCCUUGCAGGCUCCACGUCUUGUGGUAACUCCAUUGGUGGGUUGGUUAAAAGAUCGGGCAGGGACGCGGAUACCAACUGCAUUUGGAUUCGCCAUCUUAGCACCAUUGCUCUGGCUUUUGGGCAUUCCCGGGAGUGAGCAGUUUCCAUUUAUAAAUGCAGUGAUCCGGGGAACUGUUCUGUAUGUGUUGGUAAUGACCUUGAUUGGGAUCCAAUUUAGCUUUCUGAAUGGAUCAGGAUCGAUUGAGGCUACAGUGGCCGCGAUUGAACUCGAAAAAGAGCACCCCGGAACAUUUGGUCCCAAUGGCGGAAAGUCGCGCGCCCUUGCGAUCGCCAGUAUUGCCUGGACAUUGGGAACAUGUGUGGGUCCUGUCAUAUCUGGGACCCUCAACAAAACAUUUGGAUACUAUGCGAUGAAUUGCGUUUGUGGCAAGUAUGCUCGGUUGUCGAUAACU